AUAUUUUGCAGUUAAUUAUCUUAUCUCAUAAUUUCACCCACAUCUGUGUUAAGCUUUUAACAAAUAGGGAAAUAAUUUCUUUAAAAACCUGUCUUACUUUACUUACCCUCAGACAAUAUGUUGAGCAGAUGCCUAAUUUUGUGUGUUCUGCUGUAUACUGUUGAAUCGAGUUAUAAAGAUGUCGAGUGUCCGUCUGAUGGUUAUUUUCCUGCGUUGGACACCUGUAGUGCAUACAACAUCUGCUUACGUGGAAUCCCAACCAAAAUGAGAUGUGGCAAACUGCAGGUUUACAGCCCUGAGACUAAAUCAUGCGUGAAAUGGAGAUUAGCUCAUAAAUGUUUGAAUUUCAAGUGCCAUGUUUUAACCAAGCAAUAUGCCGUUUAUCCUGGAGAUGCAUCUUUAUACGCCAUUUGCUUUCAACGUAAAGCUAUUGCCUUACAGCAAUGUUUCAAUGGUUUAUUUUUUGAUGAGAAACAAGGCACUUGCACAUUCCAGUGUCAACAGGAGGGAUUUGUACCAGACCCUUAUGAAUGCACUAAAUUUAGAGAGUGUACCAAAGUUGGACUAAAAUUUAAAUGGGUUCAAAGGACAUGUCCUGAAGGCUCUUGGUUUAAUCCAGUGAACAAUAAAUGUAGUUUAGAAAAUACUGAAAACUGCUUUUCUUCAUCUAAUGGAACUUCUACACCUGAUGCUACAAUGUCCUCAACCCCAUAUCCUAGCUAUAGUACUUCUGAAUCUUCUCAAUUACCGUCAACUAAAGAUAGCCCAUCAUCACAACCUUCAACAUCCAAUGAGGCUUCUUCACCAACUCCAGUUACACUGCCUUGGGUAAAAUUAUUAUUCUAGCUGACUAUAUAUUACUUUAACUGUGUCAUUUUCUUAUGAUUUAUUAUCCAAUAGAUUUUAAAAUGUUUAAUAAUUAUGUACUAUAUUUUUAUUUGUUAUUGAAGCUUGUAAUUUGAACAUAUUUGAAACUAAAUAAAAUAGAACUUUUUAAAUUGACAUUUGUUAUCAUCCUUGUUUUCUUACAUAUAUCAUUUGAUAGAACUUUGACAUCUUUGAUCAAAAUGGCUUGUUAAUUUAGUCUGUAAACAAAUUAAUGUGCAGUUGUUGUCAAACCAGAAAAAUUAAAAUUUUUUCUAGGUAAUGGGAAAAAUGUUUAUUUGUGGUGUCAAUUUUUGUGAUUAAUUGAUCUGUUUUUACCAAUCCGUUUGACACGAUGUUGUAACCAAGUGAUUGAUUGUUCACAAUUCCAUUUUUACGAAUGGAGAGGAGAGAUGGUCUGAAGACACGUUGAACUAAGUGUUUUAUUUAUGUAUUUUACUGUUUCCCAAUUAUAAAUGUAUACAAUA